GCCAUAGUAUCAUUGCGGAGAAGAAAGAACUGGAUCGGCCAUGCGUUGUCUCAUCAGUCUGAGUGAGACGACUCGAACAAAUAUGGCGACCAGCAAGGGGCUCGCAGCAAUUUUACGACCGGGCGGCAUUCGCAUAAUUAACAAUAGUAAUUCGAACAAAUUACAGUGCAGUCUGUUGCAACGAUGCGGGGGAUGUCAGCGGCAAUUUGGUACCUCGACGAUGGGUGUCGCAGUCUGGAUACGGAGAAACAGCGAAAAAUACACGAUAGACAAAAUAAUUAAACCCAGACGAGAAUUCCAUACGUCCAAAGGAAUGUACAAACGAAAUUAUUACGAGAUUCUCGGAGUAUCUAAAAAUGCCUCGGCCAAAGACAUAAAAAAGGCUUACUACCAGCUUGCAAAGAAAUAUCAUCCGGAUACUAAUAAAACAGAAGCGAAUGCGAGUAAAAAAUUUCAAGAGGUUUCGGAAGCUUACGAAGUACUGAGUGACGAUACAAAGAGAAAAGAAUACGACACUUGGGGUUCGACGUCGGAACAAAUGGGCAUGGGCCAGGGUGGGUCUCACCCGGGUGCUCAAUCGGCCGAUAAUUUUAAUCACAACUGGAACUUUCAGUCGACGAUAAAUCCGGAGGAUUUAUUUAGAAAAAUAUUUGGUGACGCGGGCUUCAAAAGCGCAAAUUUUUCAGACUUUCAAGACGAUUUUGCAGAUUCCAAGUUUGGUUUUGGAGCAGCACAAGAGAUUGUUAUGAACCUGACUUUCGCACAAGCCGCCCGGGGCGUAAACAAAGAAGUUUUGCUGAACGUAAUUGACACUUGCCCAAAAUGCGACGGAACAAGAUGCGAGCUUGGAACAAAAGCGAUAAAAUGUCAGCAUUGCAAUGGUACGGGAAUGGAGACAAUAAGCACUGGACCCUUCGUCAUGAGAUCAACCUGUAGAUACUGUCACGGUUCGAGAGUAUACAUCAAGUAUCCGUGCAUCGAGUGCGAAGGCAAGGGUCAAUCGGUGCAGCAUAAAAAAGUAAUUGUACCGGUGCCAGCUGGAGUUGAGGACGGACAAACGAUUCGUAUGGCAGUAGGAAACAAGGAGGUUUUCGUAACAUUCCGGGUAGAGAAAUCAAGAUAUUUCAGACGGGACGGUCCUGAUGUUCACACGGAUGCAGAUAUUUCGGUGGCUCAAGCUAUUCUCGGUGGUACAAUAAGGGUACAAGGAGUCUACGAGGAUCAAACGAUACAAAUUCGCCCGGGUACAUCCUCGCAUACGAAAAUUCGACUUACGGGCAAAGGGAUGAAAAAAGUCAACGGUCUCGGUCACGGUGAUCAUUACGUAAAUCUUAAGAUCGUCGCACCAACGACACUUACGGCUAAACAAAAAGCACUCGUGCAAGCCUACGCUGAACUUGAGCGAGAUACGCCUGGAAGUAUAUACGGAAUUACGCUCAAGAAGGACGGCACAAAACAAUGUUACGACGGAUAUGAGGAAUUAUUGAAAUCGAUACGAGAGGCAUUGGGAGACUCACCAUCCGUGUCGGUAGAGAGAACGGUACAAGGACCCGGGGAUAGACCGCAGUACGAUUCGACGGAGCCUCUCUGCAGCGGUGCGAAGGUCGAUAAUCCGAAGGACCAAGAGAGUGGCGAUCGUGAGCGCAACAAGACCCGCCGGAAAAUGCCUUGAACGGAUCGAGCAGGAGAGAAUUCGAACUGGUACGUGUGUUAAGAACGAUCGAAUUGGUACGGUUUUCUUUUUCUCAUUUCCACCGUUCGUAAUCGUUUGAAACGAAAUAUUCAAGACGAUCGAUGAGAGCGAUUGUAAAGCGAAAUGUAAAAGAAAAUAAUCGACGAUUAGUAAACGGUGGGUGAUCCCCGCUUACGUUGUUACAGGUUUACAAUAAAAUUCAAGUUACCAGCUCGA